UAUGCGCUACGUCACGCGUGUGCGCGCGCACGCACGCUGCACGCAUCGCGGGGCGCUGCGCACGUUUGGCGUUUUAUGCGCGGGUCUGACAAUUGCGAGAGCGCAAACACAAGUUGGACGAGUGCGGGACAGAUGCCUUCGAAAUUCGACGCGAGCGAUAUUCUAGUUUACUUACAAGUAGGGACCUUCUCGCGCGGAUCUGGCUUCUUGUCGGAGUGUAUCUUCGGAUGACGGAAGGGAGGACACCAAGGACAUGCGUGCGGAGUUACGUAUGACAGCAAUGCUACAUCGACACAUGCUCGAAAAGAAGUAAAAAACGUCAUUACAGUGUUUAACUUUAAACAGCAGUAAUGGAUUUCAUUGUCCUAUGUUUAGUAAUUAUUUUAAUAUUGGAUGUCAGUAAUGGAACUCUAGCACUUCGGACAAGACGUUUGAUUGGUGGUCAUCCUGCCAACGAAUCUGAGUUUCCUUAUCAGGUGUCCUUAAGAUAUUACAAUUUGCAUAUCUGCAGCGGUGCGCUGAUAAGCGAUAGGCACGUCCUGAGUGCGGCGCAUUGCAUAUGUGGUUUGAUAGACGAACCCUCUGAAGAACUCAGUGCGUACACUGGAAGUAUUAAUUUAAAAGAGAGCGAGAAACAUUCUGUCAAAGACGUAAAAUGUCAUCCUGAUUAUGUGUACGGCUCUGAGAUGUCUUGGACGGCUGAUUUAGCUAUAAUCACGCUUGCUAAAAAAAUUUGCACAUCACUCUCUCAAUCGCCAAUUGCUUUAGCAACGUGCGAUGUGCCUAUUGGACAACGCGUUACUAUUAGUGGAUGGGGUCGCGUUCAUUCAUUUAGCUGGCCGUCACGAAAUUUGCAAAAACUUUCGGUGCCAAUUAUUGAGAAUAACGUAUGUCAGACCUACUAUAAAAACACUACUAUUCUUAGUUCUCAAAUUUGUACAUUCGAAAGGAAAGGUAUCGGUGCUUGUAAGGGUGACAGUGGUAGUCCUUUGGUAUAUGAUGGUAAACUAGUUGGUAUAUUUUCAUGGACAAUACCCUGUGCACUUGGUUUUCCUGAUGUUUAUACCAGAGUAAACUAUUUUAUCGAUUUUAUUAAACAAGUCACGCAAAGUGACCAGAAGUAAACAAUAAUAGUAUAAAAUAAUAGCACAAGAUGAAAUAAAUUAGAUAAAAUAUUUUUGAGGGAGAAUGUUUUUGGUAUUUCUUACCUAAAAAAUCUAAAUAUAUUUUUGAUAUAUACUUUUUUAUUUCGAAAUAUGUAUAUGCAAUUUCAAAUUAUGCGAUAUUAUAUGUAAAUAUGUUUAUUUUUAUAUAUUUAUUUAACUAAUAAUAUUUAAAGUUUAAUUAACUUAAAUUAAGUUUUAAUUAAUUAAUAAAAUUUAUUUAUUUAUUCUUAGUACUAAGGAUCUAGACCGAAUUGUUACCGUUUACCAAUCGGUUUUUGCUUCUUUUUUUUCUUUUUUAUGACUUUGCAAUGACUUUAUGGGGACAUUCAACUCAACUUUCGUUUCCUCUAUACACUUAAUUAUUUAAAUUAUUAUUAAAUAUUAUUAAAUAUUAUUAAAUAUUAUUAAUUACUAUUAUUAUUAAUGAUAUGAUAUUAAAAUUAAGAACUAGAACCGAAAAAAAAUUUUAAUUUAAAUAAUUUUUGGUUCUUUUAUUUGUGAAGAAAUUGAAAUCGUUACAUUGAAAUUGAACCCGUACAGUUGUCAAAUAUUUUAUUAAACUGUAACGGAAACCGAAUCAUAAUUUUAUUUCGGUCCGGGUCUCUGCUUAGUACGUAAUUUUAUGUGUUUAUUAAAAGAAAACUAAUAUAAUUAACCUGGAAAGAAAGCGCCUUUUAUUCUUUGCUACAUCUUUGAGGUUGUUUUUGAAGUCGUUUUUUUAUAUCUGAAGUUAUUUCUAAAGCUCUUUUAAUGAUUGAAAAGGGUGGGAAAGAAUUUCUCCAAAACUUUUUCUCUAAAAAAUGCUUUUAAAAUGUUUUCUGUUUCGUUUUUGGACAUUGGGAGUAUCUGGGGUAAUUUUUAUUAAAAUUUUAAACUACUAUAAUUUAUUAUAAUUUUAUCUACAAUUUUGUGAAUUAUAACUAUAGAAUGUCUUUUAUUAACAAAAUGUAUUAAAAAUAUUUUAAAAAAAA